GUUGAAAUUGCUCCUUCGCCUGCGCGCCAUAUUUAGUUUUCGAUGUCUGAUAGUCCUUAUGUUACCACAGUAGGUUGGACUUUCAGUGUGCACUUUUUCAAUUUUUUCACUGGGUACAAAGAAUCUGACGCAAAAGAAUUUGUUAUCCCAAAAGGCAGCUGACAGACGAACGCUUUGGGUGAUGUCACUUGUACCGUGCUAAUCUAAACUAAUACAUAUUUGUGGGUUCCAACAUGACACUUUUUUAGCUUUGCCGCACUAGUUCUGUGGAAUGAGUCUGUGAAACCCCUGUCAGCAGUCCUCCUUCGGGGAAAACUUAUUGAUGGAGAGUGAGAGAGACGAGGAUUAUCCCAUUGGUGUGUUGAUCGAAGAACUCCGCGGUGAGGACUUGCAAGUUCGUCUUCAAAGUAUCCGGAAAAUAGCUACCAUUGCAUUAGCUCUUGGACCCGAAAAGACCAGAUCACAACUUAUUCCAUUUUUAACAGAGACGAUUUAUGAUGAGGACGAAGUACUACUUGCUUUGGCGGAACAGCUCGGAACGCUAGUCCCAUAUGUUGGUGGUUCAGAAUACGCUCAUUCGCUGCUUCCCCCCCUUGAGAGUCUUGCAGCUGUCGAAGAAACAGUGGUACGUGAAAAGGCUGUAGAAGCACUUAGAAAACUUGCACCGAACCAUACCACGGAUGCAAUGGAAAAGCAUUUCAAUCCAUUGCUACAUCGUUUAGCCAGUGGAGAUUGGUUUACAAGUCGGACAUCUGCAUGUGCUCUCUUCAGUGUAGUUUAUCCAAGAGUACGAAACUCAGAACGGUGGGAGUUACUUGAAUUCCUUAGAAGAUUAGCUAGAGAUGAAACGCCUAUGGUGAGACGGGCGGUUGCUGCUCGUUUAGGCGAACUUGCAUUAGCCAUGUGGGGUGGUCAUCCAACUGAAGAAAAAUCUGGAGUAACCGGGGAAAAAUCAGUUAAAAAUACUGGCAGUAACAUAGUGGAUAUGACCACUUCAACUGUUGAAUCAAACAAAUCAACGGGUUCAUUGGAAAACGAUCAAACUGGUGAUCAGAAAUCUGUAGAUUCAACUCAGGUAGAUCGUGUUGAUGUUGACUUGACCACUGUAAGAAGUGAGGAACCUUCAUCUUCAACAAAUUCUCCUCAAACAGAUGAUUUCACUCUAGACCCUGAAAAAGAACGUAACAAUAUUCUCACUGUUAUUGUUCCUAUUUUUAUUCGCCUUUUUGCUGAUGAACAAGAGUCUGUACGCCUUAUGGCUGUUGAGUCUGUUGUUCAGUUGGCACAAGCUUUGGGACCUGAAGAAUCAGAAGAGUAUUUGAUCGAUCUUAUUCAACAGGCUACAACAGAUAAAUCUUGGCGUGUUCGAUGUGUUGUAGCUGAUAAAUUCACUGAAAUUCAAACAGCUAUGGGACUACGUGUUUCACGUGAACGCUUGGUGCCUUUUUUUAUGAAGUUACUUCACGAUGAGGAGGCUGAGGUGCGCGCUUUUGCUGCAGGCAAAGUCAAAUCAUUUGCUAGAUGCUUAUUAGGCUUACCAGCUGUUGAAUCAAAUGAUACAAACACUGUAAGAAGUUUAAACGAUUCCACGAAUCUUUCUGUUGAAACUAAAAUGGAAAUUGAUGAAAAAUUAGAGUCUGAUAAUAACGCUGUAGCAUUUGACGAUGAUAUUAUUAUGCUACAGUUGUUACCAGCAGUGAAAAGUUUAACAACUGAAACUAAUACACAUGUAAAGUCUGCUUUGGCUGGUGCUAUUCUUGGUCUAGCUCCGUUAGUUGGAAAAGCUUCAACUACUGAACAUUUAUUGCCUAUAUUUCUUGCUCAGUUGAAUGAUGAUAAUCCAGAGGUUCGAUUGAAUGUCAUCUCCAAUUUAGAACAAGUGAAUUCAGUAAUUGGCAUUGAUCAUUUAGCGACAAGUCUGUUACCUGCGAUUGUACAGUUAGCAGAAGAUCCUAAAUGGCGUGUUCGACUAGCCAUUAUCGAAUAUAUGCCUCUGUUAGCUGAUCAGUUAGGCUUGGAGUUUUUUGGUAACCAGUUGACUGAAUUAUGUCUAUCAUGGCUUGUUGAUCAAGUGUAUGCAAUCAGAGAAGCGGCUGUGGAGAAUCUUGUUCGUUUGUGUAUAAAAUUUGGACCAGAAUGGGCUAGUCAGUUCUUUAUUCCAAAAAUUAUCCACUUAUCACGUGAUCAAAAUUAUCUUCAUCGUAUGAUUUGCCUUCAAAGUAUUAUCAGUUUGUGUAAAGUUGUCAGUUCAACAGUAUGCUGUCAAUAUUUGUUGCCUACAGCCUUAUCAAUGCAUACAGAUAGUGUGCCUAAUGUUCGUUUCAAAGUUGCUCAAGCGCUAAGUAAUUUAGGUCCACAAUUAGAAGAGAAAGAUAUUAACAAUCAAGUGAAAGCUUGUCUUACUCGACUAGCUGAAGACGCUGAUACUGAUGUGAAAUUCUAUGCCUAUGAAGCUAUGGAUUCACUGAAGAUAUCAACUAAUAAACCAUUUCAAAGUUAUCAUCUUAAAGUGAAACUUGACAAUCCAACAGUGUUGAUCAAUCCAAAUUAUAUUCAAACUCCAGCAUUAUCAACGCCACUGCAGUCACCAUCAUCCAAAUUAACAGGAGUUGAACAUGUUAAUGAUGCAACAUUGGCUUCAUUGAGUAUUGCCGAUGAGAAUACUAAUACUGCUAAUGUUAGUGUUAGUGGUCUUAUGUCAUUGACAACACCAGAUCCAUUGUUGACGGUGAAUAAUUCUAAUGAUAAUGAGGAUAGUGUAAAUUAUGAAAAUUAACACAUAUGAAAGAUAGUUCAAUUUUUCACGUCUUUCUCCUCUAUUAUCAGAAUUGUUUCAUUGUUGUCUAGUUCGCCAAGAGCAUUCAGUUGAAUAACCAAUAAGUAAGUAGCUAGUACAUACAUCUCAGUUCUCUUUACAAAUCUUUUUCUCAAUAUUUGUAUGAAUGUUCAAUAGACAGAAUGAAAAGAAAUUUAACCUUCUUUCUAUCGAAAACUUUUAAAUGAAUAUAUAUAUCGUACACUAUACAUGUUGAAUUAUUAUGCAUUGAAAACACAAUCAGGCUGAACAAAUCUCAAAAUUACUACUGGCUUUCUUUUUUCAUAUUCAUAAGUAGUCUGUAUCUUCUUAAUAAACACACUUAACACUCUGGUUGUUAUUAUUACUACUAUUUAUUACUAACUGUUAUCACCACCAGCGGUCAUUCGUUUGAUAAUAUACGCUGUUGGGAAUACAGUCUCUCUCACCCCCUCAUAUAUAUAUAUAUAUAUAUAUAUAUAUAUAUAUAGUGGCUAAAUAUGUGUGUUCGUUGUGUACCGAUGAUUGAUUUUGGCACACAUAUUUAUAGUGUUUGAGAAGCAUGGAGGUUGUGUGUUCCAGUGCAAAAAUAAAAGCGUUAAACAGUUAAUUUCUGUAUGUAUCAUACAAUUUUCAUUUUCUUAUUUCUCUUUCAAUUUAUACUAUUAAUCUUUAAGUUAUUUAAUAACUAUGAAAUACAUUUCUUUAUUAUUGCCGUUUGACUAUGUUCUAUAUUAUACAAUUGUUUAUUUUUGUUGGCCUUGUUAGAGUUCUUCAUAUGUUUGUUUACUCCUUUUCUUUUUGGUUUAAUGAAAAACAAAUGCAAAUAAUUCUGUUUCAAUUAGGUCCACUUCCCUUCGUGUCUCCUUGACAUCUUUAAUUUGUUGUUUUUUUCUGGAUGAAUCUGUUGACAUUGUGUUGUUUUAAUUUUUCAAUAAUGUGCCUUGGUAUUUGAUUUAAGAUAUGCAAAUGUGUAUAAAGUGAAUUGGACAAUGUAAUUAUUUAAGGGUGUUUUAAUCAUCUGGUUACAAAUAGGAAUCACAGGAUUUCUACAUCAGUACCCUGAGUCACGUUCUCUUAUUAUCUGAAACUUUAGCCUUAUGGUAUGGGGACUCGAAAUGUUAUAGGAUUUGAUUUUACUUCUAAAGAUAUUUCAUAAAC